AAUCAAUAUGAUAAUGAAAAUUUUUAAAUCGUGCAGACAAAAGCAAGCGGAAAAUAUAAAAAUAAAACGAAACGCACCUCUCCCACACACAAACACAACCACUUGUCGCCGGCCAUCUCUUCCUAUUCAAAUUUCAUCAAUCUCGCAAAAAUUAAUCAACCUAUACAUACACCUAUACACACAAAACACACACACACAAUUACACACAGUGAUAAACAAGAUUGAUUCAAUCUGAUUAUUUUCUUGCCGGAAAACAACUCCGAUUGCCGGCGAUGGUUCGGGGAAUACUAUGGCCGUCGGUGACGACGUCGUAUUACGACACUUUACAGGACGCAUCUAAUUGGUGGAAUCAUGUUAACUAUUCGGAUGCUUGGCAGAACCGGAUUUAUCACCUUCUCGCCGCUCUCUACGCCUUCGUCGCCGCUAUCGCUCUCGUACAAUUGGUUCGGAUACAAUUAAGAGUACCUGAGUAUGGAUGGACUACUCAGAAGGUCUUUCAUUUUCUCAAUUUCUUGGUAAAUGGAGUUCGGGCGGUGGUUUUUGUGUUUCGGAGAGAUGUUCAAAACUUUCAACCAGAGAUUGUACGGCAUAUGGUGCUUGAUGUGCCAAGUCUUGCAUUUUUCACAACUUAUGCACUGUUGGUUUUAUUUUGGGCAGAAAUUUACUAUCAGGCGCGUGCUGUAUCCACUGAUGGGCUCAGACCAAGUUUCUUGACAAUAAAUGGAGUGGUGUAUGCCAUUCAGAUUGUCCUGUGGUUAGUUAUAUGGUGGAAUCCUAUCCCGGCACUGGUUAUCUUGUCAAAGAUGUUCUUCGCAGGGGUUUCCUUGUUUGCAGCCUUGGGUUUUCUCCUUUACGGUGGAAGGCUCUUCCUGAUGUUGCAAAGAUUUCCUGUAGAAUCAAAAGGUCGACGUAAGAAGCUACAGGAGGUUGGCUAUGUUACUACAAUAUGCUUUACAUGUUUCCUUAUCAGAUGCAUUAUGAUGUGCUUCAAUGCAUUUGAUAAAGCGGCAGACCUUGAUGUUCUGUAUCACCCUGUUCUAAACUUCAUAUAUUACUUGUUGGUGGAGAUCCUGCCUUCCAUUCUAGUCCUUUUCAUUCUGAGAAAGUUGCCUCCAAAGAGAGGGAUCACGCAGUAUCACCCUAUUCGCUAACAAGAUCAUGGAUUGUGUAUUAUAAGCUCGAGUUAUCUAAAGGAUGACUGUGUAGAUGAAUACAGUUCUUUUAUACCGAAGUUUUACCCUAUCGAGGAUGGAAAGUUAGAGCUUGUUAGAUGUAUCAAGUCAUGGGACAAUCUUUGGCUGUCAGCGAAUAGUUUGAUCUUAAGUUGAGCCGUGUCUGUUUGUAAAAUGGAUUUGUGUAGAGCUCUUUAAUCAAUAUAUCAUUUAAUUGAAUUUUUUUUCUUGA